UAAUAAUAUAUAAGUUUAUUAUUUAAUUUAUCCAAACAUAAAACCUAAUUAAGGCUCACUCACAGAAAAAGCAGCAAAUCUCAAGCCCUUUCUUGCAUACAAAAUUUUUGAGCCAACUCUAUCUUCCCCAUUAUAGACCAUAUACACAUAUAUAUAUAUAUAUACACACACGCACAUAUAGUGAGAGAGAGAAUACUAGCUCUUUGGGUGUAUUGAGAGAUGGGCAGUGGUUGGAGAAGAGCUUUUUGCACGACGAUCCCAAGAGAUCGUAGACAACAAGUUCAACAACACAGCUGCCAAAACCAAACUAGUUUGGGCUAUUCUCUCUCUGGUUCUGAUACUAACCCAUCCACGCCUCGCUUCCAAUCUCAACCACUGACUAGUACUCCAAUCUUCCGUCGCCCAAACACCCUCCUUCAUACACCUUCCCCUAAUGAUACCCACAAUAUUAUUCAUCCUCCGAAGCUCCAAUGCAAAACCACCACCACCACUCCAAAGUCCACCAUGAAAAGCCCGUCAUCGUCUCCUAGAUCUCCAUUUUCGAUCUUCAAGAACACUUUGCGUCUCUCCAGAUCAAAUGUGUGUGGAAUAUGCUUGAGGAGUGUGAAGAGAGGUCAAGGAAUGGCCAUUUACACAGCAGAGUGCUCUCACGCUUUUCACUUCCCCUGCAUAGCAGAGCACGUGACCAAGCAGGGGAAUCUCACGUGCCCUGUCUGCAACUCCACAUGGACAGACGUCCCUCUACUCCCUGUCCACGUGAACAACAUUCAAAAACAAUCUCAACUCAAAGAAGAUGAAUCUCAUAGCCAUGUCAAAACGAAGCCGUUUCAAGUAAGGACUUACGACGACGAUGAGCCGUUGCUGUCGCCGGCCGCCGGCGGUCGAUUAUUUCCGGUACCGGAGGAAGACGAGAAUGAAGAACACGAAAACGAAGAGUUUCGAGGUUUCUUAGUCAAUCCAAUCUCUUCGUCCAGUACUGAUGAAUCUGUGAUCAACGGUGGCGGAGAUUCGAUGAAUGUGGAGGUGAAGCUCGUGCCGGAGGUUGCGGUUGUUUCCGUCGGACGGAGUCACCAGACCUACGCGGUGGUUCUGAAGGUAAAAGCCCCUCCACCACCGCCGGUGGCGCACAAUAGCAACGCGGCGCAUUCUCUGGAGCCGUCGCGCCGUGCGCCAGUGGAUUUAGUCGCCGUGCUUGAUGUCGGUUUGAGCAUGAAGGGCGAGAAAAUGCAGAUGCUAAAACAAGCCAUGCGGCUGGUGAUUUCUUCUCUCGGCUCGGCCGAUCGGCUCUCCAUUGUUGCCUUCUCGGCUAACCCCAAGAGGUUGUCGCCUCUUCAAAGAAUGACGGCUAAGGGACAGUGCACAGCUCGGCGCAUAAUCGAUCGGCUCAGUUGCAGCCAAGGGUGUAGCGUUGGUGGUGCUCUGAGAAAAGCCACCAAAGUACUCGAGGAUAGACGUCAGAAAAACCCAGUUGCCACCAUCAUGCUCUUGUCAGCCGAUCAGGAUGGAAGAGUCUCACCCAAUAAAAUGGUCAAGCCUCGUGUCAUUGUAAAGUCGGAAGAGAAUAAAAUGUAUACAAAAUUAUCUCAGACUGUUUUCGAUUUAGAUCCCGUAAUCUCACCAAAGCCCAGAUUAUCCACACGAUUUGCUCAUAUGGAGAUUCCCGUACAGGCGUUUGCCUGUGGAGGAAAAAGCAGCCAUGAGCCAACUGAAAAUGCAUUUGCCAACUGUGUUGGUGGCUUACUAAGCGUGGUGGUUCAAGGUCUAAGUAUUCAGCUCGGUUUGGCAUUCGGCUCAAACUCAGCUGAAAUAUCAGCCGUCUAUUCUUGCAAUGGACGGCCCACAGUGCUCUGCGCAGAUUCAAUUCGGCUUGGGAAUCUAUACGCCGAGGAGGAAAGGGAAUUACUCGUGGAGUUGAAAGUCCCUACUUCUACAAUUUGGGGCCAUGUGCUGUCGGUUCGAUGUUGUUAUAGGGACCCAGCGAGUCGAGAGAUAAACGGUAGAGAAAAGACCUUGCUCGUUCCUCAACCGCAGGCCGUACGAUCAAAAAUGCCGGAGAUCGAACGGUUGAGAAAUCUAUUCGUUACGACACGAGCGAUAGCAGAGUCUCGGCGAUUAAUGGAGCAUAAUGAGCUGUCCAGCGCUUAUCAGUUGCUAUCAUCGGCUCGAGCUUUGUUGUUGCAGUCAAGCUUGAUAUCUUCUGAUGACGAGUACAUUGGCGGCCUGGAAGCCGAGUUGAAGGAGCUACACCGCCGGCGACAGUAUCAACGGCAGAUUGAACACCGGCAAGUGAUCAGACGGUGUGGAGGUGGUAAGAAGGAGACGUGUUUUGUCAAUGAGAAUGGUGAGCCGCUCACGCCGGUGUCGGCUUGGAGAGCGACUGAGAGGCUUGCUAAGGUGGCAAAAAUGAGAGAAGACUUGCACGGCUUUGAAAACGCCAGAUUUUAAAAUGAAUUGUUCCUAGAACUAGUGAAAUUGUUCCUGGGUUGUCCCGGUAAAAUAUUUAUGUAAUAACUUUACAUUCCUUAUGUAACAAUUAUAUUAAAUUACGAUACAAAGCAUAAGACCACCGCAUCAGGGGAUCCGAAUUCCUUCCUUGUGAUGAGACUUCCACCCUCAUUCAACAGUUCAGUGCACCGGAGAGGAUUCGAAUUCUCUGGAGAUGGUGGAUAAUAGAAAACAAGUGGUACUGCAUGCUACAUUUUGUUCAUGGGUUAUAUAACAUCCAUGUUCCUUCUGCCCAUUGCACAAGUGAUGCAAUUUUCCAUUAAUGCAGUGAGAGCAAGUCGAA